CUCCAUACGAUAACUUCCUUCGAUAUAGUUUAGUUUACCAGUCGAUGUCAUACCCUGUGAACGAUUUUUUUAUUAAAAAAAUACACGUUAUAAAUCCGUUCAGUUAAAAUGUUUUAUCAUAGAUUGCAUGAUUCGGUGCAAAUUUUUGUUCUGUUAUUCGUGUCUGUAAGUUUAACUGUUAACUGCGAAUAUACAAAUACUGAUGGACUGUCUUCCAGUGACGAUUGUAGGUUAAUUAAAGUGGAGCGUAUCAUCCGAUCUCCCGGAUGUAAUGCUGAACGAUCAAUAUCAUUUGCCUGUAAAGGUAAAUGUAGCAGUUAUCUGAAGGUUUCUGGUUCUAAAUUUUGGGAAAUGGAAAGAUCUUGCAUGUGUUGUCAAGAAAGUGGAGUGGGAGAAGGUUCUGUUAGAUUACUUUGUCCAAAAGCUAAAAAAGGAGAGAAGAAAUCCAUAACAAUAAAUACAAAAGAACCAUUGGAAUGUAUGUGUAGGCCAUGCACCAGUAUUGAAGAAAGUUCUGUAAUCCCUCAAGAGAUGCUCGGUUAUCUGAACGAACCGCCAAUUAGUGGUCAUUUUGUGGAAUCAGAGUACUCGUAAAGUUAUGCAUUUCAUAGGUUAAGCUAUGUUGAAUCGAAUGUAGGUAUAUGAUUUUUAAAAAUUGAAAUGUAAAAUAUUUGUUUAUAUUAUGUUAUAACAUCUUUUGUAUUGUCAAAUUUUUCAACCCAUGGAUAACUGGAUAUAAUAAUAGACAAUUGUUUGUUCAGAUUCA